ACGGCCUCCAUUGUCACCCCGCAUGGGGUGGCUUUAGGGGCCGUGCCGGAACGGGGGACACGGGCAGGGGGUGUCACCCGGCGGGGCCUCCUGUGCGGCUGGGUGCUGUCCCCUGAGCCCCCAGGACCAUGAGCGCGCAGGACGAGCAGUCCCAGGCAGCGGCCCCCGCGGCCGCGCCGGCUGACGAUGGCAUGACCUGGUGGUACAGGUGGCUCUGCAGGAUGGCCGGGCUCCUCGGGGGCGUGUCCUGUGCCUUCGCUGGCCUCUGGAAUUGUGUCACCAUCAACCCCCUGAACAUAGCCGCCGGUGUGUGGAUGAUGCUCAAUGCCUUCGUGCUCUUCCUGUGCGAGGCGCCGUUCUGCUGCCAGUUCGUGGAGUUUGCCAACGCGGCGGCCGCCAGGGCGGACAGGCUGCGGCCAUGGCAGAAAGCCGCCUUCUACUGCGGCAUGGCCGCCGUGCCCGUCAUGCUCAGCCUCACGCUCACCACGCUCUUCGGCAAUGCCAUCGCCUUCGCCACCGGCGUCCUUUACGGCCUCGCGGCCCUCGGCAAAAAGGGAGACGCCAUUUCCUACGCGCGCAUCCAGCAGCAGAAGCAGGUGGAUGAGGAGAAGCUGGCGGGCGCCAUGGAGGGACAGGCGCUCUGAGGCGCUCCGGCUCUGGGCAGCUUCGCGCUGGGAGGACGCGGAAACCCGCCCUGCCCUCCUCUCCGUGCCGUUACUCUCCUGUUUUCCCAUGGACUCUGCAGCAACUGGAAUUCUCAGGGCUGGGGCAGGUUGUGCCCGCUGCUCACACCAGCAGCCAGGUCUUUGUGCCUGGCCCCUUCCUCCUCACCCACCUCGAAGCUUGGCCCUGACCCAAAUCACUCUCAGCUCCUUUCCUUUAUUUAUUUGAUUUUAUUUAUUUUUUGCAGAGGUGCUGGCCCCUUUGAGUACUACUUUAACAGCUAAACCUGCAGCCUUUCCUUAGCACAACACUGUUUUGCAAAGGGUGUGAUAUUCUAAUCCGGGGUUUAGCAAUACUUGAUGAUGCUUAAACUUGAUCUUCUUUCAUUGAAUAGGUUUUAAUAGGGAGUGAAUUAAGCCAGGCCUUGCAGUCAUCGCUGCAUGGUACGGGACUUCCAGCAAAAACACCCACCUGAGGACAUUAACCAGCUCUGUGGAAGAGCUGCAGAAGUUUUGUGGCAGGUCUUGGUACCUACAAAGCACAUUCCCCUCCCGCCGCCAACAGCUGCAGGCGGUUGCUGCAAUUUACUUGAAACCUAUGAAUUUUGUCUUAAUAACGAUCUGUUUCUCAUGCUUCACUGUUUUACUGGGGGCAAAGGGAAGUGAGGUUAGCUUGAAGAGGAACGGUAAUGUUCUCAGGCCCCUCCGUAUGUCCCAUAGCGUGUGGGUCCUGCCCUUUGCUUCUCUCAGAUUCAGUCUUUUCCUUUGGGCUCGUGUUGUUUUCAUUAAUCCUGGGCAAGCUUUUGGUGGGUGGGUGACCCAUCCUUCCCUUGCAGACACAGAGCAAUGGGCACCAUUCCAACAUGGAUGGCAAGUUACAGCCCAGGACACCUUGCUGCUUCAUCCAGGUUCUAUCCAAGUCCUUUUCGAUCAGAAAAGGAAGAAUAAUUUAUUUCUAGUCAUUUAAAUGCAUUGAUGAGAUUCAUUCUGUCUGGACCCAGGAGAGCUGUUUCCUGUAGUUGAGAGGAAAAUUUCACUUGUUUCAUUUAGCUUUGGGGUCCCCAAACCCAAGGAGAACCUUGGCUGCUCUGACUGAGGUACUAUAGAACCCCAGAAACACUUGGGAGUGUUUCCUGACUUUUGGAAAGGCCGUUUCCCUUUUUAGCUCCUUUUUCUCUCUUCUCUUUGGCCACUGGCUUCACAGCAGUUUGUUUUCCCUUCUUCCAGGAGAGAGAAGUGGGGGAAAAAGCAGAGGGUACCUCCUGGGUGUGAGAGUUUGUGCUCACUCCAGUGCUUAGGGCAGUUCGCAGAUGCGGUGAGUGCAGUGUCGUGUUGGACACUAUAUGUGUCCUAAACGUAUUUGCAUUAGUUGACCGGCACCAAAGCAGCCCUGCAGUGCUGCAUAGAGUGUUUCAUGUUGUUUCUUUCGUGGAGGCCAUGGAAGUGUGAAGAUUUACACUGCUCAGGAGCAUAGCUUGGGUUUAUGCUCAUGUACAAACCCUUACAGCUGGAGCUGGGGAACCACUUUGUGCUAAACCUUUUUUCUCCCGGGUCUCUGGGCUGUGGAUGCUCUGGCACCAGCUUGCCUGGGACACAGAAUAGGCUCCGUUAGCCUUGAUGCAGCUUGUUUGAAUCAAAGCUCUGCUGUUUCUGAGCCACCAGGUCCAGGCUGAUCCAUGUUGCUGCAUGGAGGAGACGGGUCAUUGGCCUUGUGUGCACGGGGACCAUGGCCUGAAGCAGCUUGGAUGCUUCCUGUGGGAAUAGGGUGAUGCAGGAGGAAUACGCUGCCCUCCCCUCCAUGGGACACCUCUGGGAUAGGCCCGUAGCAAAGCCCAGGUGGUAACGGCUCUGUGAGCCAGCAGUGCCCCUGGGCAGUAUCUUUAGUGGAUGGGUAAAUUGCAGAGUCCUGCCUAGCGAGCAGGGUGUCUGCAUUGAUUUCAAGGGGAUUUGGGGGUUUUAGUAGUGUUUAGUAGAGGAACUUUGCAGACUGACGCACGUGCAUGUCUUUGGUAGUGACCGCUUUGCGCGGUGAGUAGUUCCACGGUAGCUUUAGUGGAAGGGGAUGAAGGGCAAAGCAGAGGCAGUAGAAUAACCUUAGAUCUCCACCCGCAAGGAGGAACCACAGGAAUGGGCAGGACCUGUGCUGGCUUCAUCCGAUUGUCCCUGCUCUGUGGUAGGAGGAUGCUCCUGGUUGCAUUACAGUGCGGAUGGGUCAGCUCUGCUCCAUUAGCACCCAAAGCGGAAUCCUUUGGCCACCAGCUGUUCAGUCCUGCUGGGUUUUGCCACCGUGGGGAGCGAGGCAAGCUCAUAAAUGUGCUUCAGCUCCACCACUGUCAGCAGGGUGCAAGGCUCUGCUCUGAGCUCUGGAUGUGCUUUGUCACAAAUGAGUCUCAAAGUCCUGAGAGAAAGAGCAGAGCUGGCACCGUUGGCCAAAGUGCUAAGGGAUACCAGAGCUGCUCGAUGGCUGUGUGCCCAACCAGAGAUGUUUGGGGUCUGAUUCCUGCAGAUCCAGCAAUACCAGGGCGAGCAUGUCUGGAUGGGGAAUCUCUUGGGAACUUUGUAUCAUGGUUGGAACUAAGCCAGCUGCUGCCGUCGUUGCAGAUGCGGCCUGGUGAAGGAAGCAUCUUUCUAGCAGAGCGUUCUACAUCCAACUGAUAGUUAAUGAAUGGUCUCAGCCCAAUGUGGACAGUAGACUCUUUUUGAGGAGUGAGAUAAGACUUUUAGAGUAGUAAUAUCACAGUAGUGAAUAGGCCCCUUCUCAGUGCAUGGUGGUUAGUGAUUGUGUUUAGAGGCACCUUGUGGUGCUUGGAGGUUUACAGGAAUAAAUGAAGUUAAUAGCCCUGCUCUAGUGAUUUUUAGUCUCAACCCAAUCCCAGCUCAUGGUGUUUGGGCCAAUCUAAGGGGUCUUUACAGAAGAGGUUCUGCUUGCCAGGUUGUGGGAAGGCCUCUUGGGACAGUGGGGCAGAAGUUUUACUACAUGAGAACUCAGGAGCGGGUGAUGCAUUGCCUAUGUUGAGCUGUGGACAGGAUACAUGGAAAGACACCUGCGUGCUGGCUGCAAAGAGGCGCUUGCUUAGAACUGAACUCUACCACAUAGGCUGUUCACUUCUUCUCCCCAAGUGCAUUUAUAGGGCAUAGAAACCUUCUGUGUCCCAUUUAGUCAUGAAAAUGACAACCCUGACACGUGCAAGUCCUGCUUUCCUCCAGGGCUGUUCUGGGGGUGUGAAGAGAAGAGCGCAAGUUCACCUUAUCCUGUGUGCCCAGGCCUUGCUGCCCUAGGCAGGAGCUGAUUUUGUAACACCAGUUGAUUCUCUGUGUUUGCAGUGAAUAAAAAGACCAUUCUACCUCUGGAAAGAGCCACUGUGAUUUCUGGGACUUGAAGUGUUGCAGCAAAAGCCCUCAGACUUUCUGCAGAGAAGGAAGGAGGUCACUCAGAGAAUACUGUUCCAAUGAGGUUCUUGUAGGACCUGAAGAGUCCAACCUCAUUUCAUACUCAGGCGUUUCCUCUAUAAACCAAGCCCUGGGGAGCUCAGUUCAUCAUCCUAUUCUUUUUUCCUCAGGGAACAUGUCUACUGCCUUCAGGGAAAGGUUUCACGUAAGUGAAGAUUUCAAGACCUGCUCUGUAGCCGUGAGAGGUGGGAAUGCUCUAGGACAGGGCUGCUGGAGAUCCUGCUCUUCUGGAGGCCAGGAGGAAUCAGAAGCUUCAAGAUCUCUUGAAUCAGGUUCUACUUAAACAGUCAUGUUCUAGCCAGGCCUGGACUCCUUGCUAGAAAUGGAGCUCAGCUGCAGAAGUUGGGCUUAGUGCUGAAAUUUCUCUGUGGUUUUGGUUUUGGCCCAUCUCUCC